AAUUAUGAUUCCAUGUCCCAAUGAGAGUACAAUCAGUUGUAUUUUCAGUUCUUAUCAGUGUCAUUGUUGCAGUGACGCCACCGAACACCAGAGGGAGACACUUCUCCACUGGUCAUCCUGCUGCUUAUGUGUUUGUUUCACUGAGGUGAGAGGGCGCAUAAGUUUACGUUAUUUUUACCUGUUUUUCAUUAAAACCUAUUUAAAGUAAAAAGACUUUGUGUGUCCUGUCUGACGAGGUGAUAAUUAUUGGACUCUAGACUGAGAGGCUGCAGCUCUGUGAGGCUGUUAGCAGGCGCAGCUGCAUGAGACACUGCAGACAGUGUGGUUCAGUCCAUCAGUUGACUGCAGAUCAACCAGUGAAGAAGAUGAUGAUGAUUCCUGCCUCCUGAUCUUUUGUUAAUCUUGUUAGCUCAGACACACUCAGAUUACAGAUUACUGUCUGUUCUGGGGCGGAGGAAUCAGCAGAAAGGAGACUCCUCCCCCUGACCCCUGUGUGUGUGUGUGUGUGUGCGUGUGUGUGCGUGUGUGUGUGCGUGUGUGUGUGUGUGUGUGUGUGUGAGAGUAAAGUGGAUUUAGACGUCGACUGUCAGCAGCAGAAGAGCAGCGUUCUGAGACCUUCAGGGUGAAUUGGCUCUCAGAAGGUGAGCUGGAGUCUCUUGGUGACAUCAGCAGCAGUUGACACCCUUCCCAUGGUGCCCUGCAGUCUCAGGAGUCGCCAUGGGAGACGACUCAUACCCAGAAUGCCGAGCUCAGGAGCUGUUUGAUGAGUUUGUGUCAUCGUCAACCUGCAGAGCGGCGCUCUGGUCCUUCAGCCAGCUGUGUGAACAUCUGCAGCUGGAUAGGAGCAUCGCAGAGAGGCCGUUGUACCAGCCAAUCAAACGCCGCCUCAACUACUGGAAGGCCAACACUCUGUGGGCCAAACUGGACCGAAGGGCUGCCCAGCAGGAAUACCAAAGGGCCCAAGUCUGCAACGGCACUACCUGUGUGAUUAUUGGUGCGGGGCCCUGUGGUUUGAGGACGGCGGUGGAGUUGAGCUUCAUGGGAGCCCGGGUGGUGCUGCUGGAGAAGAGAGAUUCCUUCUCUAGGAACAAUGUACUCCACCUGUGGCCAUUCACCAUCCAUGACCUACGGAGUCUCGGUGCCAAAAAGUUCUAUGGAAAGUUUUGCGCCGGUUCCAUCGACCACAUCAGUAUCCGUCAGCUGCAGCUGCUUCUGCUAAAGGUCGCCUUACUGCUGGGAGUCGAAGUCCACGUCGGUGUGGAGUUUAAAAACCUAGUGGAACCACCAGCAGAUCAGCAGAGACACAAGGUGGGCUGGAGAAUGGAGGUGAAACCAAAGUCUCAUCCUGUCAAUCAGCUGGAGUUUGAUGUCAUCAUUGGAGCAGACGGACGGAGGAACACACUGCCAGGUUUCAGACGUAAAGAGUUCAGGGGGAAACUGGCCAUCGCCAUCACUGCAAACUUUAAAAAUAGAAACACCACAGCGGAGGCCAAGGUGGAAGAGAUCAGCGGUGUGGCUUUUAUCUUCAACCAGAGGUUCUUCCAGGAACUCCGACACGAAACAGGCAUUGAUCUGGAGAACAUUGUGUACUACAAAGAUGACACUCACUACUUUGUGAUGACAGCAAAGAAACAGAGUCUGCUGGAGAAAGGAGUCAUUUUACAGGACUUCGCAGACACUGAGCUGCUUCUCUCUCGGGAGAAUGUGGACCAGAAUGCAUUGCAAACAUAUGCCCGUGAGGCUGCUGACUUCUCCACCAAUCACCAGCUGCCGUCUCUGGACUUUGCCAUGAAUCACUACGGUCAGCCGGACGUCGCCAUGUUCGACUUCACCUGCAUGUACGCCUCGGAGAAUGCCGCCAUGGUCCACCAGCGACAUGGACACCAGCUGCUGGUCUCACUGGUGGGGGACAGUUUGGUGGAGCCCUUCUGGCCAAUGGGAACAGGGAUCGCCAGAGGGUUUCUGGCAGCUCUGGAUUCAGCCUGGAUGAUUCGGAGUUGGUCUCAGGGAGGAGCUCCUCUGGACAUCCUGGCAGAAAGAGAGAGUGUCUACCGGCUCCUCCCUCAAACGACUCCAGAGAACCUGCAGAAGAACUUCAGUCUAUUUACAGUCAAUCCAAACACAAGAUAUGUCAACAUCAACCGUCUGCUCGUCGCACCUGCUCAGGUGAGACACCUUGUGGACACAGGAGAGGAGGCGGGACUAAGCACAGGUGACAUCAUCCGUCUGCCUUCACCCAGGUUCAUCAGACAAGAUUCUUUCUCUCAGUCCAAUAAGCUGCUGACUUGGUGUCAGGAGCAGACUCGUGGUUACCGUGCCGUAGCCAUUAGCGACCUGACUACUUCCUGGAAGGAUGGUCUCGCUCUCUGUGCCCUGAUUCAUCGAUAUCGACCUGAUCUCAUUGACUUUGACUCUCUAGAUGAGUCUGCAGUGGAAGAAAACAUUUGGCUCAGCUUUGACGUGGCUGAACGAGAGUUUGGGAUUUCUCCUCUGAUGACUGUGGAGGAGAUGUCCUCUGUAGGAGAGCCGGACUCUCUGUCAAUGGUGAUGUACCUGAGUCAGUUCUACCAGCUGCUCAGGGACACGGUGCCCCCUGAUGGUUGGCUGAGUCAGAGUUCUGACCUGAGAUCAGCACUCAUCACUCCGGUCUCCAUCCUCAGCAGACUGGGACUCAGUCCUUCCAGAAAGAGAAAUCCAAAGGAACACAAAGACGUUCGUGGUAAACGGAGGAAGACAAGUCGAGGGAGCGAAGAGCAGCAGGAGUCAUGUGACCUGAACAGUGAUGUCAACAGCCAGGUGUAUGAUGAGGCUCUUAUGGGCGGGUCCAGUCGCUCCAGAGUGCGUCUGAUGGCCAGUCAGCUGCAGGCGAAGCUGGACGAGAGUUCAGCUUCCCGUAGGAGUUCUUCUGCUGCUGCAGCAGCUUUACAUCGACAGAGGAAACGAACUCUUCAGCAGGAACAGAUGAGUUUUCGAUUCAAAGAGAAGCUGAAGUCUCAGUCUGGGCUCAGUGGGGAGGAACAGUGUCUGCAGAUGUACACUGGUGGAGUGAGCUCAUUGGCUGAGCAGUUAACCAAUCAGGCUGAGAGUCCAGAGGAAGUGAUUUUGUCCGCAGGCUGCAGUCACAUCUGUUUCUUCUGUCAGAAGAGGGUUUAUGUGAUGGAGCGUUUGAGUGCUGAAGGUUUGUUCUUCCAUCGCAGUUGUUUCCAGUGUUUCCACUGCAGAAACUCACUCAGACUGGCUGCCUACGCCUUCGACCAGCACAGCGGGAGGUUCUACUGUAUUCAGCACUACGACUCCAAAUCGACUGCUCCAACCACGAGGAGAAGACCGACGGCAUCUGACGGAGCUGCUUCACAUCGAACAUCCGCAGCGUCUCUGGAUCUGUCACUCUCCUCUGCAGACUCUCUGAUCUCUGCCGACCGUCGUCGAUCCUCAGCGAUCUCUGUAACAGUGGCAAUGCCGGAGAGGAUUGAGUUGGAAAACUGCCGCCGAAGCUCAACAAAUGUGGAGACAGAGCUGCUGGAGGAGCCCGAGGAGGUUUCAGAGGAGACACUGAACCGGUUCAACCUGAACCUGGACGACAGCACUAAACACAGACCCAGUUCAGAGUCGGACAUGGAGGAAGAGGAGGAGGAAGAGGGCAGCUGUCGACGCUGUGUGACCUCCGAGGAGGCCAGAGCUUUGUGGAGGGAAACUCUGCAGCUCCGCCUGAGAGAUGACCGAGAGGAGGAGGAGGAGGAGGAGGAAAACGAAGAUGAAGAGGAGGGAGAGGUGGAGGAAGAGGAGGAAUGCAGUGAGGUGGAGUCAAGUGAUGAGGAGGAGCUUCCUCUCAUCUCUCAGAGUGUCUCCUCAGCUGCAGGAAGUGACAUCAUACACUGUGACACACCUGUGCAGCCUGACUUUGCCUCCAGCCAGCUGCCCUGCAUCACCCGUCCCACACCUCCAUCUGAGAUUCUGCCCCCUACAAACACAUCCUCCAACACCUCCUUCAUCACCAUACCUGACUCCACCCCCAACAAUGACAGAGUCACAGCUCUACCAACACAGCUCACACCUGUCAUCGUCAUGGAAACAGAUGCUCAGAGACCCUCUCACUGGCAACCUGCUGGAGUGCAGGGCUUGUUUGAUGACAUCAGCCCUGAACUUCCACAGAAAAAGACAGAGCAGACAGAGACAGAGGAGGAAGGGGCAGGACCAGCUGAGGGGGAGGUGUGGUCAGAGGGGGUGAGGAGGCGGACCUCUAAAGGAGCACACAGCCUCCCCCCUCUACAGGGUGGGGGUGCAGCUCUUCUCCUUCAGGUAAAGGGGCCCAGAGAGACUUCAACACUCAGACGGGUGCAGGUGGAAGGGGGCGGGUCCAGAGCUCUGUGGAGGGCAGUGUUCUCUGGAAAGAAGAAGUGGGGCAGGACUUUACCUUCAGGUGCAAAGAGGGGGAAGAAUGACGCAGCCAACGAGAGGAGAGCUACAGGUGUGAGAGGAAGUCUGACAGAAGAGUCUGACCUGGAUUCAUCAGCUUUGCUGCAGAGAUGUUCACUGACACCCAGAAACAAUCUGCGUCUGGAGCUGUUUGAUCUCACAUCUGAAAUUCAGAGAGUCACAAUAAAAGAGGCGGAGGAGAACCUGAAGCCUGCGUAUAUUCCUCACGCUCUGGCUUUUAAAAGCACGUACACCAUCAAGACGUGCUCUCUGAAGGACAGAGUCCCCAUCCAAGACUCUGAUGGACAGUCCUCUUGUCCCACAGAGGUGGUGGGGGUCCUGAUCCAGCCAAAGGAGCCAUCUGAUCUGAGUGUGAAGGAGACCAUGUUCCAGAGGCAACAAGAGGACAAGGAUGAAGACCUGGAUGCCAAAAUCACCCGACGAGUUCAGAGAGCUGCUAGAAGAAAGGCCAAACAGGAACAGCUGAAGAGACUCCACAAAGCUCAGAUGAUCCAGAGGCAGCUGCAGCAGGUGGAGGAGAAACAGAGGCAAUUGGAGGAGAGAGGAGUGAUGGUGGAAAAAGCUCUGAGAGGAGAAGCAGACUACUGGGGAGAAUCCAACAAUGGACAAGACACAGAUCUUCACCUGGGAGGCCUGGGUAAACUGGAUAAUCCAGCUCUGAUGCAACAGUGGUUUGAGUUGGUCCAGCAGAAGAACUCUCUGGUUCGAUAUGAAUCUGAACUCAUGAUAUUUGCUCGAGAGUUGGAGUUGGAGGACAGACAGAGUCGACUUCAGCAGGAGCUCCGAGAGCGGAUGGCUGUUGACGACCACCUGAAGGAGGAGUGGCAGCUGGUGGAGGAACGUCUGAUCCUGGAGGAAAUGUUGGAGGUGGUGGAGCAGAGAGACUCUCUGGUGUCUCUACUAGAGGAACAAAGACUGCAGGAGCGACAAGAAGACCGGGACCUGGAGGAGAUCAUGAUUACCCAGGGACUGGGAUUCAGAUGGUCCUGAAUCUGGAAGCGUCUAUGUUGCCCCUGAUCAAAACCAAAACUAAACAUUUGUAAAUUAGUUAUCACAGACUGAGGGGAGUCAGAACUUGAGGGUGGUCCGAACUUGAGGGAGGGAGGUCAGAACCAGUCUGGAAUCUGUUCACAGACAGAGGAAGUGGCCUUGAGUCCUUUUCUCAUUUAUUCAACUUGUGUCAUUUGAAAUCUGUUGCUGAUGUGGUCUACCAUCUGGACUUGUUUUGCGUCAUCCUGAUUUGUUCAUGAAAUUCCUUUAAACAUUCAUUCACGCAGGUUCCAGCAGCAGCAGCAGCUGGGUCUGAAUUUCCAGUUUGUGCACAUCACAGGUUAUCAGGUCUGGUCCUUCUGAUCAAUGUGAUCAGAGCUCAGUAUUGAUCCAUUUCCAAAAGCUUUCUUUAAAAUCAACAUUGCAAAUAUAAAGUGAAUCCUAAUCAUUUAAGAAGUUUUCUUCUGUCUGAUUAAACCUACAUUUUGUUCAUGCCCGAUUGGGCUGAUCGUGGUGUUGCUGUGGUAUUAAGAACACGUAACACGCUCACAAACAGCCUCUCAGCUGUAUUCAGUAUCCAGGAUGGACAACAUGAAGAGUCACUACCUGUGUGUGGCCAGGAGACUGAAGCUUGCAGCCCUCAGUGUCCUCUCACAUCCUGUUGAUUUUCAACUUUGACUGUUCUGCUUUCAAAUAGACAUUUAGUUUGUAGUCUGACAUAUUGAUUGUUUUGCCAACUCCAUCUGCUGCUGAUCAGUUGUACCAAACUUCACCUGUCUGCCUUACUUCACCUGAUUAACUGAUCAAUAACUAUUCAUGAAUCCUAUUGCUCCUGUUGGAUGCCAAGUGACUAACGCUCUUUCCUGUAGCUUCAACUGCCUUCUGAUGUUCUGGUGUAAUAAAAGAGUUGGCAGAU